UGUUAAUAAUUUUUAUUUGGGUUGGAUUUUGGACGUGUUUCCUUUGCCUUUUGGGUACUUGCUGCUUACGGUUUUCGAUUUUUGUCUUGGGCCCUGGACUUAGGACGCCAACCGUUUUCCAAACCAUAUGUUCUAAUCUGUGUCUGUAUUCUUGUAACCGUUGCAGUCGACACUUGUUAUACCGUUCUCACAAGUCACUGUAUCAGUUAUUACCUGCUUUCGGUAUUACUGUAGAAAUAAUAAUUUUACUUCAGCAUGACUUCAAUAGAAGUGAAGGAAGUUGUUGAGCAUCCCAUUAAAUUGAGAGUAAUGCGCCUCGGUAAGCCAGUAAUGUUCAACUCGAAGAUAGUCACAUGUGAUUCAAAAGAUUUACCAGGAGCUGCUUUGAAUGCACAUUUAAAAAAAGACGUGACUACAAUGGCUGAUGCUGAAACAUUGGCGGCUGGGUCGUUUCUCAUGGUACCUAAUGUCCUAGAAAAUUUGUAUUUGGGUGAAACAUUUUUGUGUUAUGUUUAUUUAAAGAAUGAAAGUUCUCAAACGGUCUAUGAUAUUAUUUUGAAAGCAGAAAUAGAUACUGCGACAUCGCAUAUACCGAUUUUGGGACCAAAAGCUUUUCCCAAAUUGGAUCCAUAUGCUUCUAUUGAUGUUAUUGUAAAGCACGAAGUAAAAGAACAUGGUAGUGUCAAUAAAUUGAUUUGUCAAGUGAAAUAUGAUAGAAAACAUUCGUUUGAAACAAUUUUCAGCUAUAGAGUUCCUAAACCUUUAGAUCUAAAAACAAAAUUUUACAAUACUGUAACCGAUGAAGUUUACCUAGAAGUUCAAGUCCAAAAUAUUAUGUCAACUCCAAUCUCAUUAGAAAAAUUUAUCUUGGAAUCAUCAAUUGGAUAUGAUGUUAAUUCAAUGAAUCACUUACUUGAUAGCUCAGAGGAUAAAUCUGUUUUUGGAGACAUGGACAUACUGGAUGUGAAAGAAACACGGCAGUAUAUGUAUAGAUUAAGCUUAGAUCAAACUGCUGAAAAAAAUCCCACUAGGACAAAUAAUCUUGGCAAGUUGGACAUUUUAUGGCGGUCUAAUAUGGGUACAAAAGGUCAAAUACAAUCCAGUCCAUUAGUGAGACAGAUUCCAGAAUUAGACGACCUAACAUUUUCCAUAACAUAUUUACCUGAUAUGGUUUUUUGUGAAGAACAAUUUGACUUCACAUGCUCAAUAAAAAACAACAGAAACCGUGACAUGCAGCUUGUUGUUGAAGUCAGUGAUGAAGAAGAUAGUAAUCUUGCUUGGACUAUGAUUUCUGGCAUACAGUUAAGACUCUUACCUCCAUACGCAACAAUCAAAACAGUAUUCUCGAUGGUAGCGCUAAAUCAUGGCUUACAAAUUAUAUCGGGUAUUAAACUAAAGGAAUUGAUUCUAAACCGUACAUACUCAUACAAUAACUUUGGUCAUGUUUUUGUCACUCAAAAUGUUAGUUAACCUUACAAUGCUUUUUAAUAUUUAUUGCUAGUUUCUGUGAUAUUUUUUAAUUAUUAAACAAUUAAC